AACCAAUCACAGCGAAGUUAACGUGGCAAAAUAUGAUUCGCAGAUAGAGAACUCUGUUUGUCAAGGAAUCCCGAAACAACCAAUCAGAAGCCUGCGUUUGUCUACCUAAACAACCAAUCAGAUGACUGCGCUUGUCUAUAAUAAUGUUGUCUGAAAUAUGUAUAAAUACGUGUUGAUUUUCAUAAUAAAACGAUCUGUUGCCUGGCCCUUGUCUUCUGUUGUUACAUUUGGUGUCGCUGCCUACCGACAAAUGAAAAGCCUAUACCCUGCAAUUUUCGAUGGAGACAUAUGGAUCUUCGGGCGGGACUUCAAGGCUUCUGAGCAGUUGAGUGGCGUUCAAGAUCUGUCAGCGAUGGAGCUGCUACUUGAGACGCUGCUGGGAGGUCGGGCGAAAGCAGCAUAUGAAGGUGUGGGCCGAAGUAUGGACGAAUGUUCGACAGGGUCAGGCAAACAGUUUCCAAAGUGGGAAGGACCAUAUAUGGUCACUUCGAGAUGGGGUUACGCAGACACAGUCGCAAUGGCGAACAAUGAGAGGCGCGUGAACGUCAGCGAGCUCCAGAAAUGGAUACAGCGAGACAAGCCAACGAUGACGCCUGCACCAAGUAGAUCAAGCCGACUUCAGUCGCACGUAUUUGACGGGGGGACGAGUGUGGUGAGAGCAGGCUGCUAGCCGAUUGGUUGUCACUAAUCUACGUUAAGGUCUAGGUCACUAAUAUGGGCCGUGAACAAGGCUGAGUCAACAACCAAUCACAGCGAAGUUAACGUGGCAAAAUAUGAUUCGCAGAUAGAGAACUCUGUUUGUCAAGGAAUCCCGAAACAACCAAUCAGAAGCCUGCGUUUGUCUACCUAAACAACCAAUCAGAUGACUGCGCUUGUCUAUAAUAAUGUUG